AUUUUUAAACAGUUGUAUUCAGGAAUAAGAAAAGGGAUGGACUUGCCGGAAGUACAUAAAACGGAGUAUUUCAGCGCACAGAGAUGAGUGGAGACUCGGACGGAAAUAAGGAGUUUCACGACCAGCUCCGGAUGCAAGAGCUGUAUGGCCAGAGGAAGGGAGAUGGAAACGAUCCAUACACCUACGUGGACCCUGAGGAUGGCACAGUGUACGACUGGGACCAUGACAGGAAAGCAUGGUUUCCAAAGAUAACAGAAGACUUUAUUGCUGCGUAUCAAGCAAACUACGGCUUCGGUGAGGGAGAAGCUCCUGACACAGCUGCAGCAGCUCUACCUACUGAAACUCUGCCAGACAAAGCAGUGGAAACAAAACAGCCUGAAGAAAAGCCUGAGGUGGCCAACCCUACAGAAGUCAAAGCGAAGGCGGAGAAGAGGAAAGCAGAACCAGGCUGGUUUGAUAUUGAGAAGGACAAAAACACAAACGUAUAUGUGUCAGGUCUUCCACCUGAUAUUACUCCUGAUGAAUUUGUGGAUAUUAUGUCUAAAUGUGGGAUAAUAAUGAGGGAUCCAAUGACAGAGGAGUACAAGAUUAAACUAUAUAAAGACAGUGAAGGGAAUCAGAAAGGAGAUGGUCUCUGCUGCUACCUUAAGAGGGAGUCUGUCAGCCUUGCGGAACGUCUCUUGGAUGACUCUGAGGUGCGAGGCUACCGGCUGCAUGUGGAAGCUGCUCGUUUUGAGCUCAAGGGCCAAUAUGAUGCCAGCAAGAAGAAGAAGAAAAACAAAGAAUACCGCAAGAAACUGCAGCAACAGCAGAAGCAGUUGGACUGGAGGCCAGAGAAGAAGGGAGAGGUGCGGAAGAGGCAUGAGCGUGUGGUCAUCAUCCGCAACAUGUUUCACCCCAAAGACUUUGAGGAUGAUCCACUGGUGUUGAACGAGUAUCGGGACGACUUGCGGAUUGAGUGCGAGAAGUUCGGGGAGGUGAAGAAGGUUAUCCUCUUUGAUAGGCACCCUGACGGUGUGGCGUCUGUGGCCUUUAAAGAGCCAGAAGAAGCAGAUGCCUGCCAGGUGGCACUGGAUGGACGCUGGUUUGGGGGGAGGAAGCUCGCCGCAAACCUGUGGGAUGGAGUCACCGAUUACCAGGUGGAGGAGACGACGCGUGAGCGGGAGGAACGGCUGAAGGGCUGGUCUGCUUUCCUGGAUGAUGAGAGAGCCCCAAGGACGGCUUCGGAUGCAACUCCGCCUAAGGACUCUGAGGAAACAAAGGAACUGUCCACCUCCCAGCAGGCAGUGAAGCCUGGGGCAGGGGCAGAACAGGUCCCACCUGCAGGGGGCAUUAUGGGAGAGGCCACAGGGCAGCCGAAAGAAGAGCAGGAAGGAGCAGGCAUGGAAUCCACAGACAGCAGCCUGGCAGGCAGUGAUGAGGAGGCAUAGGUCUGAAAGAGGACAGAAACACAAGUUUCAUAAACAUUCAAACCUAAAUAGCACUGAGGGGAGUACUGCCAUCCACUACCUAUGUCUGUCUGCCUGAGGGGCGUAAGAUCUGCCAUCUUUGUGUGUCUGCCUGUCUGUGUUCUGCCAUCUCAAAAAAACUGGAGAAGUGUUAGGAAGCAAAAGCUGAUGUUUAUUAUUUUCUGAGUGAAAAUUAUACCUGGCUCAUACUUGUUAACUAUUUUAUAAUAAAAGAUAAUUUGUGUAA